CACUGAGUCCAUAUGCUAGGUGGAAAAUAUCCAUGCCAUGUAUAUUUGAGCCUGCUCUAUGUAGUUUGUGCUAAACAGUCAUCUCAUUAUAUUGGACCAGACUGUAGUUGUUGAUGAGGAACAGCAUUUGAAAGGAGGCCUAGUGUUCAUUUAAUCUUUUUAUUUAGAAAUCAAAUAUGCUACAGCUGUAGUUGUAGAUAGAAUGGGAAAAGACAUUUCCUGUGCUUGCAGUCUUCAUUUAUGUGGCAAACUGUAUGAAGUGUCUGGCCCUUUGGCUUGGAGUGGGUGAAAGCCAUUGUUGUUGGGUUAACCCCAUCCUAACCGGUCAUGUGUACAUACAUCAUAACAAACUGCUUGAUCUGCAGGGUACAACUGUAUGUGCAGUAAGGCGCCAGACUGUAGAGCAGAAAGUUAUGUUACAUGUAGCGGAUUCACGUUUCCAGCAUCUGGACAUUGCCAGAAAUCACCAGAGUUUAUGGCAAUGAGAGAUUUCUGAUGCCCAGCCCCAUUGGGUUAAAGUCAAUUGAUAUCAGUUGUUUAAUUUAAUAGUGCCAACCAUUUAUGAUAGUGAUGUGAAUGCUAUGCUGUUGCAGGCUAAAGACGUGGAGACUACUCUGAAGAAUGUGCCAUCCCCAAUUGAAGCACAGGUAGCUGCCGUAGAAAAGUGAUCUUGGGAGAUAGUAGAAGAGGUGAAAGUGACUCCAGAUAUGAUGGGUACCAGAAAAGAGGUCGUGAAGGAACUUAACAAAUUGCUAGCGGCCAAAGUAGAAGGGUGCAGAUUAGAGAUGGUGGGAUCAUCUGUGAGUGGGUUCUGCAUGAAAACAAGUGAUAUCAACAUAGAUGUAGUAAUGGACGAGAACCUUAAUCCUUCCAUUGCCCUUUUGGCAGUGAGGGAUUUGGUUCGAAAAAAUGACUUGUACACGUAAGUAUUUAAAGUUAUGUUAGAUUUUGAUUUUAAUAAUUUUAAAAUUUUUGUGAAUAAUAGGGGAGAGAGUAAUAAGCAGAUUGUUAGUUCUACUUUUUUUUCUAUUUAGUUUU